AUGGCACCGCUUACCCUCGCGCUAAACGUUGCGAUCGGCAUUCUGAUGGUAGGCUCCAUCAUCGAGCUAUCAUUCAUCAGCAGUAUGGUAGGGUGGCUACAUCGAAGAGCUGGACGAGACUUCGACAUCAAUUACAAUGGCAGCACAUUCCCACUCCACGGCAAGCCUCUUGGCCUAUUAGUCGACCAAGGUCACACUAGCAACGGAGCAGCAGGAACAGCUUUCGUCUUGAUAGGCAUGGGAGGUAUCCUUGCACUGUGGCUCCGUAGCCGAGCCACUCGAACAAGCUCCAUCCUCAGCAGAAUCGGAAUGUUCUGGUAUUAUUUCUGGCUAGCAAUGACAGUGCCCUCGAUUCUGCUUACACUCGCGGCCUUGAUCUAUACCCUUGUUCUCACGAACAAUCACGACGGCCAGAUCAUCGACAUCGCUAUUGCUGCAACACUGGACAACCGCCCUUACCCGAAUUAUGUCGCCUACCCGCUCGAUGAAUGGACGCCUGAGAACUGGUUUGGUGCUGUGCUGCAGUUGCCCCUUACACACAAUAGCGAUGCAGGUACAAUCAGAGAACAUCUGCGGGUAAUGCGAGGCUGGCGCUGGAACCUCAUCCCAAUGUUCAUUAUUGGGCUUGCGGUGUGCCUGAUCGGAAUGGCGGAGGCUUGGUCGAGACGUCGAGACGUAUCGUCGAAGAUGACGGUGCAAGAGAAGAGGUUAUCGGCUUGA